AUGAUUCGCCCCGCAACGCCAGGUACGCUGCUCACCCUGGCAGCUGCGAUCUUGCUCGGCCUCGUCACCAUCUCGACUCCCAUCAUCAAGUCCAUCUACUUCCUUGAGGCUACCAUCGGCGGCAAUGGUCCUCAGGCCGGCCAGGUCGCCCGCUUCGGCACCCUGGGCUACUGUCUCGGCAAUACGUGCAGCAGCCCCACUCUUGGCUACAACUUUGAUCCCAACCAGCUUCUCGGUGUGCAAGGCGUCGGCAGUAGGUACACUGGAGCCGUCAUCAAGGGUCUCACCUACACCCUCAUCCUCCAUCCCAUCGCGCUCGCCUUUGCCGUCGUCGCCGUCCUCUUGGGCCUCAUCUCGCACUGUCGCGAGUUCUCCACCAACUGCUUCGGCAGCUUCGUGACUGGUAUUGGCGCCUUGAUCACCCUCGUUGCCUUUGGCCUCGACCUUGCGCUCUUUGUCAUCGCCAAGAAGCGUAUCGACUCGAUCAAUGGCGCGUCCGCUUCGCUCGGCAUGGCCAUCUGGAUGACGCUGGCAGCAUGGAUCCUCAUGUUCCUCGCAGGUUGCGCUUUCAGCUGCGGUAUCUGCAGUCGAAGGAGGCGCAACCGUGUCAAAGACUCGCACAUCGACGACGCCUACGGUGCUCGUCCCAAUGCCCCCGUGCGAGACAACUACGGCCAGCAGAUGCGCAUGGACGCACUCGACGCAGAGACUGAGAGGAAGCGCAGACAGGCCACCCUCGACAGGAACGCACAGAGGCAGGAUCUCCCCAAAUUCGCCGAGUACGAGACCGAACACGAGGUGCCGCUCAAGAACGACUACGACGACGGUGCUUACGCCAACGGAGCCAACCACAAUCAGCCCGGUCUUGCUUACUCGACCAACAGCAACUUUGCCCGCGCAGGUGGUGCCGGCGCUGCUGCCGUAGCUGGCGGCUCGGUCAUCAACGGCGUCGGUCAGGGCUACGGUAGAAGACAGGCACAGGGAAGCGGCGCCGAAACGUUUGCCAACUCCCCGCCCAUGCUCAACAAUGCGGCUGGGUACGGUGCCCACAAUGUGUCCGGCCAGCGACAGAACACCGCGUCGACCGCUGCGGGUGCUGGUGGCAUGUCUACCAGCCACAGCGAUGCAACUUAUGUCCCCGGCGUCGGCCCUCAGCCGUUCCGUGAAGACUCGCUGACACCAGCACCGCGACCGUACCCUCAGAUCUCGUCUCCUCAGCCCAUGCCCGACUACGGGCAGCACGACCAGUACCAAUCGCAGUCACAUCACGAGCCGCAGUACGACGCGUAUGGCAACGUCAUUCCUGCCAGCGGUAGCCACUACAACCAGCCCGGAGGUGCACGCCGUCAGCCCACGGGUGAGCACGGACACGCUGCCGAAUACUCGGGUGCCACGUUCGGUCAGGGCUCGCGCAUGGCGGGAUCGCGUACGCUGCCUUCCAUCCCACAGGGCGGUGCGCCCGAACCACACGAGAUCGUCUAUGACCGCGCCGACGCACCUGCCGACCGACGCCAGGGCACCAUCGACGAUGGAUUUGGUCUAGCGUCUGUCGCACACGGCUCUCAGAACCCGCACGAGACCGCACACGAAACAGGCUACGACCAAUACGCAUCCUCCGCCUACGACCACGCAGCAGCUCAACACCAACCGCAGCAUCAACAGUACCACUCCUCCUACCCAUCCGUAGGCAACAUGAGCCAAUUCCCAGACCACCGCGCAGAACCUUCUGCGUCAGGGCAAGGAUAUCACAAUGUGGAAGGAAGCCAGUACGACGACUAUCAGAGCACCACCGGUCCUCCAGGCUACGACACUGUAGCCGGUGGAGCCGGUGGUAGCAGUGCACCGUAUCAGCACAACCACUAUCCGCAUGAAAAGUCUUGA